CGGCUGGACCGCAGUGUCGGUUCUCCGGUGACUCGGGAGGAGGAUGAUUGCAGCGGCGGUUCUGCGCUUGGUCGGUUUCGGGAGCGUGACGCGAGCACAAGCCGCCUUCACAGCUCCUCUGGCUGUCAGAUGUUACUCUCAUGCCAAAGUGGAGACCAAUGAGGAGUUUGACUCCCGCUGGGUGACGUACUUCAGCAAACCAGAUCUGGACGCCUGGGAGCUGCGCAAAGGAAUGAACACUCUGAUUGGAUACGACCUCGUUCCAGAGCCGAAGAUCCUGGACUCUGCUCUGCGCGCCUGCAGGAGACUGAAUGAUCUGGCCAAUGCGAUCCGCAUCCUCGAGGCCGUCAAAGUGAGAGAAACAAACGCUCAGCUAGAAAAGAGUUUAUGCUUUCAUUUGUGUCUCUGUUAAAGGGACAGCUCACCC